CGAUGUUCUGGACCCGGUGUGCUGGUCUCAGCGUUGUGCUGAUUUUAGCCGUCCCGCUUGGCAGGGCCUCCAAUGCCACGACCCCCGGCGAUCCCGUCCUCCUCUUUUCUCUCCCUCUAACCUCCCUAUCUCCACCACUCCUUCAACCUCUCCCCCCAUCAACCAUUUUUCCUCGUCGGGCCAUUCGCGCGUCCUCCAAGGCCUCAUUCGUUCGGUCGGUAAGGGGCUUUCGACGGGCGUGCCUCCAGUGAACCCAGAAUCCCAACAUCCCCGGAUCCCCGAUUUGCAGGGCUCCUGAAAAUCGAAUCCACCCAACAACAACUCUCCAUCACCACUCUCGCCCUUUUUUUCGAAUUACCUUAUUUCUUCUUAAAUCAUGCUGUUGCCAAAGGGUGGAGUCAAUUGGAAGUCCGCCAGGGCUGGGUUGCCGCCAUGGAGGGCGAUCCUCGUUCUCCUGACGCGGACUCGCUUUUUGGUCUCCGUGGCCGUGACGGGCCUGGUUAUCCUGCUGUGGCGCGGUGUCAGCAAGUCGGCAUCUGAGAUGCAAAAUUUCUAUUGCUACGGCUCCUCCAAAUCCCCGAUGGAAAUGUCCCUCAACGAGAUGGUUGAGUGGAAUGCACACGCCCAGACCCCCGUCCUCUUCAACCAUCACGAGCCCUACGAAGUCAACAGCACCUCCAUCGCCGAAGUCGAUCUCAACCCUAUCAAGUCCACCACCCAGGCCUUCUUCAACAAAGAGCGCGUCCUCAUCCUGACCCCUCUGCGCGACGCCGCCCCCUACCUCGAGAAAUAUUUCGACCUGCUUUACAAGUUGACCUACCCUCACGACCUGAUCGAUCUGGCCUUCCUGGUCGGUGACUGCAAGGAUGAUACUCUGGCGAACCUGGCCUCCGAGCUCGAUCGCAUCCAAAAUCACGCCGAUGAAAAAAUCCGUUUCCGCAGCGCUACCGUCGUCAAGAAGGACUUUGGUGCCGAGACUGAGAUGAGCGUCGAGGAGCGACACUCCUUCGCUGCUCAGGGUCCUCGUCGCAAGGCUAUCGGCCGCGCCCGUAAUUACCUGCUCUACUCGGCUCUCAAGCCCGAUCACUCUUGGGUCUACUGGCGUGACGUGGACAUUACUGACUGCCCUGAGCGCAUUCUGGAGGACUUUAUGGCCCACGACAAGGAUAUUCUUGUGCCCAACAUUUGGUUCCACCGUUACCGCGACGGCCGUGACGUGGAAGGUCGCUUCGACUACAACUCCUGGAUCGAUUCUGACAAGGCCCGCCGCCUGCGCGAAACUCUGGACCCCGAUACCAUCCUGGCCGAAGGCUACAAGGAGUACGACACUGGCCGUACCUACCUCGUCAGCAUGGGUGACUGGAGAAAGAACAAGGACGAGGAGGUCGAGCUUGACGGUAUUGGUGGCGUCAACAUCCUCGUCAAGGCUGACGUUCACCGUUCUGGUAUCAACUUCCCCGCAUACGCUUUCGAGAACCAGGCCGAAACCGAGGGCUUCGCCAAGAUGGCCAAGCGUGCUGGCUACCAGGUCGUUGGUCUGCCCAACUACGUGGUCUGGCACAUUGACACGGACGAGAAGCCCGGCAACCUGGGAGAUCGCAAGGCUUACUAAACCGAAAACAAGUUGCAUCUCACAUAGCCAGUGAGCCACAUCGCUCCACGGGGGUCCCAAAGUUGAUCUUUGCUCCCUCGAUCCGUCCUCCCCCAAUCAUCCCCUCCGCUCUCCCUUAUCCUCAUCGACCCGUCUAGAGCCCAACGAGAGGGUCUAGUAUAUACUCGGGCAUCAUGUCCACGGACACGGUGGUCUUACCUACCGUGACUGUAAACACCCACCCAUCCGCUUCUCCUUUUUUCCAUUUAUUCUCGGAGGGGAUGUUUUCGCGCGACGGAAGCCUAAUGAUUUUCCAUAAUCCACCCCAUCUUCGUUGUCGCGUUCUAGGGAGUGUGUGUAUGUGUUGUGUGUCUUUGUUUUUACCUUGGCGCUACGGGGGAAAAUGUUGUUUGGCAGGAUUGCAGGGUCUAUAGAAUUGGCCGGUUCUCCAGACCUUCCUUUUUUUUGAUAUACUGAAUUUGUUCUUGUUACCCGGGCGGUUUGCCAGAGUUUCUCUGGCCAGGCUCUUUGUGUUCUAGGGAUCUAGGCCCUACUUUGGGUUAUGCCUGGGCCCCCCAUAAUGCAAGACUGGCUGGUGUUGAUCUGAGUGAUCUGCCCAUGUCAUUGUCAUAUUUUCUUCUUGCAAACAUUCCUCUAGGGAUCGAGAACCGGACCGUUACUGUCAUUGUCAUGUCAUAUGUUUCCAAUCAUUUCGUUUUUUCCUUGUCUUCCUCAAUCCUGCCUCGAGUCUAAACACUGGGUCUGUUCAAUUGCGGGUUUCCUUUCCUCUCUACACUUGUUGAAUCGAGGCGUCUUGAUCAGUUCUUCAACGAUGGACAGUGGAGGAAUCGGUGGCAUGAUAUAGUCUCUUGUUUUGAGAGGGUUCUCGCCUAGUAUACUCCGACUCUGGGCUCUUAUAAUUGAGCCCGACGGAGGCACUAUCGGAUGCGCGCUGCGACGGACUCGGACAUUUUCGUGUACAUAAUAAACCGUUCAUCAUUGACUCUUUCACCAGAUG